AUGCCGAGCGUCAGCAGCCAGACAUGCGACUGGCCUCACAAUGCGGACUGCUCCGGCAGUGAAGAUCGUCUGCAGGAGACUUCCGGUUCCAGCCACGGCAGCAGUCACGGCGAGAGCAGCGACUACAGUGAGGGCGAGAGUGGACACGGCGACCACGGACACGGCGACCACGGACACGGCGAACAAGCACACAGCGGCCAUAGUGGAAAGAGCGCAAGUAGCGGACAAAGUGCCAGUAGCGGACACAGUGCCAGUAGCGGACACAGUGCCAGUAGCGGACACAGCGCUAGUGCUUCCAUCUCGAAGAUAGACUGGGGCGGUGAAAGUUCCUGGAUAAGUCAAGCAGCCUCAGGGGGCAAACCCUGGUGGAGACCCAACGGCAUAAGCCCCAGCCAGUGGGCUGACCCAGAGAGCAUCAAGAAGCCCGUGUUCCAGCCCCACAUCCCAUCGGAGCCCAAGGAGGGGGGAGAGGAGGAGAGUGGGAGUAAAAAGUCGGAGAAGAGCACGGCCAAAAAACCCAAGAGCACCUCCGGGAAGUCAGAGCCCAUUUCUAGGUCAGCGUCGUCAAAUCUACAGGCUCAAGAUGGUGACUGUGACCCGUCCAGCUGCCAACUGCCCAGCUGCUACUGCCCGGGCACCGCCAUACCCCACGGGCUGUCACCCUCUUCCACGCCCCAGAUGGUCAUGCUGACCUUUGAUGACGAAAUUUCCGGUGCCUUCUACGGUUACUACCAGCGGCUGUUUAGACCAGGUCGCUACAACCCUAACGGCUGUCCUGUCCGAGGUUGCAUGUACGUGUCAGGUAGCGGCACUGAGUACGAUUUGGUCUACCCGAUGUAUGCCAUGGGCAACGAGAUUGCCAGUCACACCAUCUCCCACAGAUUCCCCCACACAUGGUGGUCGACCGCCUCCUACGAAGACUUCUUUGAAGAGGCGAGCGGCAUGAAGGAGAACCUGAUCAGCCGGGCCGGUCUGCCGAGUGAGGCCAUCAAGGGCUUCAGAGUUCCCUUCCUACAGCUGGGGUCAGAUAACAUGUACAGCGCCAUCUAUGAUGCGGGGUUUCACUACGACACGUCCAUGUUCACUGGCUCUGAGCAGGAGGUGGGUGACCCCGUCUGGCCCUUCACCCUGGACUACACCCCCAGCCACACCUACUGCCAACACGGACCCUGCCCCACCAAACAGUACCCUGGACUCUGGGAGAUACCUGUCCAACGCUGGUUUGGGCUGGAUGGCCAUUCUUGUGCUAUGCCGGAUGGAUGUAGUGCCACCGGGGACGCUGAGGAAACUUUGGAAUACCUCAAGUCAAAUUUCAGGCGGUACUACAGCUCCAACCGUGCACCGUUUGGUAUUUUUGUCCACGCCCGCUGGUUCAACACUGAACACAACCUGGAUGGUUUGGACAGGUUCAUCGAUUACCUGCUGACCAUAGAUGACGUCUACAUCGUUACACCUAGCCAGGUACUAGAGUGGAUGAAGAGCCCGACCUCCCUUAGCGGCAUCAACAGCUUCGGCCCCUGGAGCUGCGAGGGUGGAGCCAAAAAGUAACCACCCCCACCCACUGCCGUGGAAAAUAUAUUUUUGUUACUGCCAUUGUUUGAAACUCCUAAAGUUCAAAUUGUCGACGAUUUUUUUACUCAAACAUACGC